UUUUGAUUUUCUAAUUUUCUAUUUUUACGAAAGUGAAUUUGAAAUUGAUGGAUUCUUUUCACUUUUUGUCAACUUUUUUCCAUCAUUUCGUGUCAAUUAACUGAUUACUUCUUCCAAAGGGGUUGGAUCGUCUAUCUUGUUUAUCUCACUCCAAGUUGAAUUGAUGUAAUGUAAAUACGAAGAAGUGAUUGAAUCAAGUGCUAUAUUGUGUUAAAAUUAUCAUUGUGAUUUAAAUUCAUACUUAUUCAUCAAUUAACAUGUUUACAAAACUGGUCAGCAACCAGCCCAGAAAGAUUAUGAACUCUGAAACCGGCGCAUUUCUCUGCGAUAAUUACCAAAUAUAUCUACAUCAGCGUUGACGGAAAUGGACUUCAAGUAUCUAAAUAUCAUAAUUCGUAAUUUGGAUCUCAGAUCAUCAACGAUACUGCACAUCUUGAGCUUCUAUAUCUCUAUCCCACUCGACAGUUGACAAAUAUAAUACAGGAUACAUGAUUUAUGAAAGCGACGACCGACUCCGCCUAAACAGUAACCACCUUGGAAUAUCAAUUAUCACAUCUAUGUUGGAAGAUUUAUCGUCUGUUGUCAAACCAUCACAAUGGUGUAUUAUUUUUCGGUGAUAUACUUAUACUUAUCUGCAUAGAAGCAAAAAAAAAAAAAUGAAUUUCAAGUUGUGAUUUUUUUCUGCAAGUUACUAUGAUCGGUUCAUCUUCGUCGGUUCACUCAUCGUACAAGCUGUACCUACAACAAUAAACAAUAUGGUUUCAAUUUCGCACCAGCAACGUUUAUUAGCCUUAUCAAGGAUGUUGAUUUUAUUUCAAUUCUACGUCGCUUUGGGAUUGAAACCGAAUCUGUUUACCGAAUCUCAAUUACAAUAUACCCCAAGAACUGAUCGAAACUUAGCUAUCACGUUUUUAACACCAGCAACACCUUUACAUACAGUUUCAACGAGAAUAAAUUCGAAACGUUUGAUACCUCAAGAUAUCGAUAUCAGUAAAUGUCUGAUGAAAAGGAACUCGCUGCUGUGUAAUGAAGCUAGUAAUUAUCCGUGGAGAGAAGUACAGAAAAUCUUAUCGUUGAAAAUAUUAUCGUUGGAGUAUUUCGGAAAUGAUUCGCUAUCCUCAUCAGAUCUGAAGACAAACAUCAAGUCGAACGAAAUCAACGAACAUCAAUUCUGCAAAUUUGUGGAGACUAUACAAGUUCCAAAAAUAGCUCGCAAUAAAGAUUUAGAUUUACGUUACAUCAUUCAAGGAGAUACACCCGAUACACAACGUGGGAUACGUACAGAAGCCUGUUUGCCUAAGCCCAAUGACGAGUGUGCGUUCGCAUCGUAUCUGCCACCUUCGGUAACGGUGCGUUGUGUGCAGAAGUUCAUGAUGAAGAGACUGGUAGCAUUGGAGCCAUUAACCGGUGACGCGUAUUUCGACGACUUCCUAAUACCUUCUUGUUGCGUUUGCAUGUACCAGAGUAAAGAUGAAGGAGAUUACGAAGAUUGAACGAUGAGAUUUCUGGAUCACGUUUUCUUCGCGCGAUUUUUAUUGACGUAGAUGUGUAUUCAUUUAAAUUACCUAAACGAUCGAAUAAGUAACUCACGGUUAAAUAUAUCUUCAUUUUACGACGAUCCCUUACGUCAAAAA